CUACAAAAGCUCCAGGCCAAAGACGUGGCUUGCUGUAGAAUCUGCACUACUCUCGUCGUCUAUAAAUAUUUAAUUUUCUGCGAUUUAGAACAUAAUACAAUAACUAUCUAAUAGAACGAAUAGCAUACAAGGGGAAAUUCCUCCGCGCAGCGCGCCAUUGACUGUAAAGACCUUUCAACUUAUCAAAGACUGAAAUUGACAAACGUCUUCUAUGCCUGUGGGGAGAAAUCUAUCCAUAACAAUUUUUACAUUCGAAUGGGAAGGUCGUGCAGUAUGCUAAUAUAAUGUGAAAGGGCAUAUUUAAAGCUAAAUAGCGGAUAUGUUUGGCUUAAGUCCGUUUUUUUGUUGCGAUUUCCAUGUGAAGUGAAAUUGCUUCUCGCUGGCUAGUUCUCUUGGUAACUCUUGUUUCCCGGGAGCGAAAAACAUGGAUAAGUAUGAGGAGGAUGUGGGUAUCCGGGCGAGUAAAUUAAUAGAGGAUCUUUCGAUGUAUGAACCGUACAAAGAUGGGAUUUACAAUGCAAGAAGAGACAUGGUCAUUAGCCCAGAUUUGGAUUUUUCGACUCAAAUAAUUCCAGAGCAAAAAGCAAAAAGAAUGAAUGGUAGUUCUGUGCCUCAUCAACUGCCCCAUACCUUUGAAAACUACGGGUCUGGGAGUAAAGUUUACAAUGCGGCUCCUGUACGCCCUGUGAACGGAAAUCGACAAAUUCACGAAGAUUUUUGUAACCCUCCUAGAGAUUCUGUGUAUUGUGAAGAUGGCCAUUGCACCAAAUCCGAGAUUGCCUUGCCGUGCUACAGCGGAUCUUCUGAACGGCACAAGAGAUACUCAAUGGAGGUGCAUGCGCAUAGGUACAGCACCGGUAGCGCGUAUGAUGGAGUAGCGGUGAAACAAGGCGCCUUUCCUCCCUUCCCCGGCAACAGAAGCAACAGUGUCUGCAUUACUACCAAUCAAGACGGCAGGUACAAUGCAACAAGCCCACGAUCGAGUUUAGCGUCUUCCUUGUUCUCACAGGAGCAGAGCAAGCACCCAAGCCCACGAUCUAGUAUCAGCAGCCCGCGGACAAGUCUGGUGGUGCCCGGUCAAGAAAAAUUUAACAGUCCCAGAUCCAGUUUGGUGCAAUACGACGGGAACAGCAUACUUAGCCCGAGGUCCAGUUACGCAAGCACAGCCAGCGAUACGAGUAAACAUUCCAGUCCAAGGACCAGUUUGAAUAGCUAUGACUGCGGUAGCAAACCCAGCAGCAACCGGACCAGUGGCAUCAGUAUGGGCUAUGACCAACGGCACAUCAGUCCAAGGUCUAGUACGGCUAGCCAGUACUCUUGUACCACAAGUCCUCGAUCUAGCUACUCAGAUUCUCGGUACAUGCCGAGUGGAAAUCAUGAGCUCGAGGGCGCAGUUGUACAUGGCUUGCCGGCGAGCAAUCCCCAGUCGGGCAUGGGCAACCAGGACGGUAACGCUAGACCGGCUAACUGCGUGUUGAGCCCGCGCUCUAGUAUUUCUAGCCACAGUUCCAGGAGUUCCCGCAGUUCACGGGGAUCCAUGAGUACAUAUCCGGAGCUGCAGUUACCAUCACCUCGGUCGUCUAUGUUGGGACCUGGUUUACAAGAAAGCACGGCAAUUCAAGAUUUUGGAGACACGAGCUGCAUUCACAAUACGAUUGAUCUCCAGUCAUUUCCUGUGAUGCAGGAGGCACAGCAACAGCAGGCAAUACAAUUUGGAUUAAACCCAGAACCAACGCCGGGCCUACCAGCAUCUUUUAAUUAUGGUAGCCCCACGAAAAGUUCGACCCCUGCACAGAAGUUUAAGUUGCCUUACCAGGUCACCCCAUGCCGUGAAAGUGGCCCUAGCCAAGCCGAAAAACGGCUAGAGGCGCUCACCCUAGAGCUGGAGAAGGAACUAGAGAUGCACAUUAAAAAAGAAUAUUUUGGAAUCUGUGUCAAAUGUGGUAAGGGCGUGUAUGGAGCCAGCCAAGCUUGCCAAGCCAUGGGCAACCUCUACCACACCAACUGUUUUACCUGCUGUUCAUGCGGGAGAAGGCUGCGAGGGAAAGCAUUCUACAAUGUCAACGGCAAGGUCUACUGCGAAGAAGAUUUUCUGUAUUCCGGGUUCCAGCAAACGGCAGAAAAGUGUUUUGUGUGUGGCCACCUCAUCAUGGAAAUGAUACUGCAGGCGCUGGGCAAGUCCUACCACCCCGGCUGCUUCCGCUGCGUCGUCUGCAACGACGGCCUGGACGGGGUGCCCUUCACCGUGGACGUGGAGAACAACAUCUACUGCGUGAAAGACUACCACACGGUAUUCGCUCCCAAGUGCGCCUCCUGCAACCAGCCGAUCCUUCCCGCCCAGGGCUCUGAGGAGACCAUUAGGGUGGUGUCCAUGGACAAGGACUACCACGUGGAGUGCUAUCACUGCGAGGACUGCCAGCUGCAGCUGAACGACGAGGAGGGCCACCGCUGCUACCCCCUGGAGGGCCGCCUGCUCUGCCACGGCUGCCACAUCCGCAGGCUGAAGGCGCAAGCGCCCGCGCAGCCGCCCGCCGGGUGCCCCCUGCACGUCACGGAGCUGUGAACGGAGCCAGCGGGCACAGCGGGCAGAGCGGGACUGAGAGAAAGCAGCAGAGACGGGGAUGCGGAGAGAGGCACCCUGGGACCCUCUCUGGCCAACCAGAGGGCGCUCACCUCCGGAGUCUGGGAGGUGGUUAAAUUGACUUGCGAUGGCGCGCGCUGCUAGCCGAGUGGGAAAAGAGCGGGAAAAUGGCGGAUGUCUCGCCUUCGUUUUUUAAGCACAUUUCAGCCUCUGAGCUCUACGAGUCAGAGAGGCCCAGUAUAAACCCCACAGGCGUGACCAGGGCAGUGCCUACCCACAAUGCCAGGGCAGAAGGAAUUAUUCCCCCCUCUCCCAUUGGCUCCUUCGACUGAAGUUGUGCACCUGCAAGGUGUUAACUGCUUUCCUGUGUAACUCACCAUAAACACCGUGGCUCUGGUUAGCCAUGUACAAACAACCGUCUUACUGCCCUCGCACAGAGGAACUGCUGACAUCGUAACUCCGAAGUAGCCACCCUUCAGGAAUCUCGCACUUAAAGAGAACUGUUGUCCUUUUCGCUCCCUUGUCGGGACACAGUAGUCCACCUACAUUCCUAUUGGCUAUGCAAGGGAACUGCACACCCAAAAGUGACGCACAGCCCCCCCUGUGUGACUUUCCAAGAACUUAAAGCAGUUUGCGACCUAGCACGUACUGCUGAAGAACGCAUUGCUGGCAUUAAUUCCACGUGUAAUAUCUCAACCAGCGUCAAUGUUAGUUCGAUGUGAUUUCACAAGCAGUGUCUUAAUUAUAACAAGAGUUAGAUGUACAUAGAUUGCCCUUUUUAUAUAUAAAAAUAUAUAUUUUGCAGAAUCUUUUACAGGAAUUUCAACUUUUCCACUUUAGGAAACUAGAGAUGUAGCGUUUUGUCUUGUUUUGUUUUUGGUUGCACAUGGAAUCCGAGAACAGGGCCUAUGUUCUAGGCGGGAUAUUCAUGUGAUGCAUAGUCUUAAUCUGCUGUACAGUAUUGGUCCAGGGCAUUGUCCAGCCUGUCAUGGUGAUCCAGGAGGUGUCAUUGGUUUGCCCAGUUCAGACAACACCCCAGACCUCCGAGACGCCUUGUGUUUGCUUUUAAUGUAUUGAAGCCACCGAACUGUCAAACGGUGAACGCAGAGCACGCAUCACGUGACCAUAGCUGGACGUCCCCUUGACCUUAAACACACACAUUUAAUAGCGAAACGCAGCAGUGAUGCGGGGCGGUAACUUUAGAGCUGAGUGGUGUGAGUGGCACGGUGUGUCAGACAGACGCUGACACACAGACAGAGGUGUUCAGCGCAGCGUGGACGGGGAGUAUUGGACAGCCCGACAGCACUUCAUUCCACCCUGGAAACAGCAGGGCCCUGGGGCUUUUCAGUGUUCAAUCUCAUACUGGUUUAAAAUAUUCAUUCUGCCAUUUUACAUGUGUAGCAAUAGUUCUUUGUUCCUCCCAGAACCAUUUGCAAGCACCCCUGCUGUUAAAGUUCAAACGCACUCUCCGUUCUCAACCACGAUAAACACUCACUGACCCGCUGCUCUGAAUCUCAAGCUUGCUCAGAAAGGGAGGGGCGGCGGGGGUUUCUUAAUACUACUGAACUGAACAGAGACUGAAGCUAUAGGAGAAGAGAAAAUGGGUGAGAAUGUACGGAAUGUACUUAAACUUUAUGUAUAAAACGGGCCCAUUUCGAACUUAAUGCCUAAAUCAGCACAAAUAAUACGUUGCCACUUGCAAGUGGGAAGCACAGUGUCUUUCUACUGUAAAUUCAACAUUUCCAAAGAACCGUCUUGCUCUGUCUGUUUUUAGUCUUUUUUAUGGUGAGAGACUCUAAUCUCUGUUAUAUUUGCAACAUUCCCAAUGUAUGUGGUUCUCAAAGUUGGGUUUACUAAAGUACAGUACAGAAAUAGUAUAUUACCUACGUUUAUCUACGAGACAAAAUUGAAACAAACAUUUUCCAUUCCAGGAUAAUUGUCUGUAUUGCAAUAAUUAGACUUUCUGUUGUAUACCACCUAAUUAGUUUACCUGCACAAAAUGAACCAGCUAGUAUAACUUCACUUUCUGUCGUAAACCCAAACAAAAAUCUUUUUCUCCUGCAAGUAAUUCUCAAUUAAAGUGUGAAUGCAAGAGGUGUCUAUCAUUCAGUUUGAUUCCUUAGAUGGUUUGUGAAAAGACAGGUUAUGUAGAAUUUAUUUAUCCAAAUAUGAAAAGUCUAAAGUUAUUUAAUGUAUUAAAAGUCAGAAUUGUCAUUUAACCUUAGAUGAUAUAAUAUUCUUCAUUUUUUCAGUAACGUGGUCUUGUAGUUAACUUAAGCCAAGUGAUUCUGUCAUUACUGGUCAAGGAUGCUUGAAGCAUGAUGUGCUGUCAGUCAUGUAUGUGACCUGCUGGGUUUUUGAAAUAUUUGUUUUGGGUUUUUUUUUUUUUUCUUUUUCUUUUUUUUGGUUUCCAGAACCAGGUCAGAGCUCACAACUGAAAAUAAAGAAAAUAAACACCUGUUGUCUUAGUAA